AAAAGUCACGGUUCAUCUCUAUAGUCUAUUGUCCAAUGAAUAAAGUAUUAUUGUCUCUGUCCAUCUGUCAAUUGUCGUUUCUUUCUUGGCUACAGAAUUUUGUGGCCGGUAUAAUUUAUAUCAGUGAUUGAUAGGAAAUUCAUAAAGAUAUCUCAAAAUGGUGUCACUAAAUCCCACCCGAAUUUUGAAAAAUGAAGCGGAGGAAGAAAAAGCCGAGGUGGCUCGUAUGUCCAGCUUCAUUGGCGCCAUCGCCAUAGGAGAUUUGGUGAAGAGUACUUUAGGUCCUAAAGGCAUGGAUAAAAUUCUGGUUUCCAUGGGAAGAAAUGCUGGUCAGGUUGAGGUUACAAAUGACGGUGCUACCAUUUUGAAAUCUAUUGGUGUGGAUAACCCAGCUGCUAAAAUUUUGGUUGAUAUGUCAAAAGUACAAGAUGAUGAAGUUGGAGAUGGCACCACAUCUGUAACCGUAUUAGCCGCUGAGCUGCUCCGAGAGGCUGAGAAACUGGUUGAACAGAAGCUGCACCCUCAAACAAUCAUUGCUGGCUGGCGCAUUGCUGUAGACGCAGCUAAACAAGCCCUUGCCGAUGCUAGCUUUGACCAUGAGAAGAGUUUCAACGAGGCAGCUCUCCGUGCUGACCUUGAGAACAUUGCUCGCACAACUUUGAGCUCCAAAAUUCUGUCCAACCACAAAGAGCACUUCACAAAGUUGGCAGUGGAUGCAGUACUCCGUCUGAAAGGCUCUGGCAAUCUAAAGGCUAUUCAGAUUAUCAAAAUCUCUGGUGGUCUGCUGGAAGAAUCUUUCUUGGAUGAAGGUUUCCUCUUAAACAAGAAGGUGGGAGUACAUCAACCCAAGCGCAUUGAGAAUGCCAACAUUCUGAUCGCCAAUACACCCAUGGACACAGACAAGAUCAAGGUCUUUGGAUCAACCAUCAAAGUAGACUCUAUGGCUAAGAUUGCUGAACUCGAAGUUGCUGAGAAGGAGAAAAUGAAGGACAAAGUCAACAAAAUCUUGGCACACAAAUGCAAUGUCUUUAUUAAUAGGCAACUGAUCUACAACUACCCUGAACAGUUGUUCGCUGAUGCCGGCGUGAUGGCUAUUGAGCACGCUGACUUCGAUGGUAUUGAGCGAUUGGCCCUCGUUACCGGCGGAGAAAUCGUCUCCACUUUCGACUCACCCGACAAGGUCAAACUGGGACACUGCAAAGUUAUUGAACAGGUACUGAUCGGUGACGAGUGCCUGAUCCGUUUCUCCAGCGUGGAGCUGGGCUCCGCGUGUACGGUAGUGAUCCGCGGCGCCACGCAGCAGGUCAUUGACGAGGCUGAGCGCUCGCUGCAUGACGCACUCUGUGUGCUCGCGGCUACUGUCAAGGAACCUAAAGUUGUUUAUGGUGGAGGUGCCAGUGAAAUGCUGAUGGCUGAGGCGGUAUCUCGUGUAGCAGCGCGUACGGCCGGUAAGGAGUCAGCCGCGGUCGAAGCAUUCGCCAUUGCCCUCCGCCGCCUGCCCUCAGCUGUGGCUGAUAACGCCGGCUACGACUCAGCUGACCUCAUCUCCAGACUCCGUGCCCACCAUGCGCAGGGAGAGACCACUAUGGGACUUGACAUGCAAGAGGGCCGCGUAGGUGACAUGAAGAAGCUUGGUAUCACCGAGUCGUACGUAGUCAAACGUCAAGUACUCCUAUCUGCCUCCGAGGCCGCUGAGAUGAUCCUUCGUGUGGACAACAUUCUGAAGGCGGCGCCGCGUCGUCGUGGCCCCGACCGUCGCCCUUGCUAGAACAUUCUAGAAACUCAAGCACUAAUGAAUAUAACCAGAAGUGACGUUCCAUUGCACACUGAUUGUUUGAAACAAAAUGUGUCUCAGAUUUUGUAUGUUUUCUACAAACUAUCAGUUUCAUUAGCACGUUAUAUCACAAGAUCCAGUGCAUCUAAGACUGAACUGGCCACUUCUGUUUAUUUUUGUUGUAUUAAUCGCAUUUGGUGCGGCGUGAGAAUGCUUUUAUAUCUGUACGAACUUAUCAAAUAACUUUAAGUUUAGCUUUACCAGUUUAGCCUUAUUAGUCACGGAAAAUUGCAUUUCUUAUGAAAAUGUCUUCUUUUAUGACUACACAAAUUUCUAUUGAAUAACAAAGAUUAAACAUACUGUAUUUACUUUUUAUGUAUGUUAUAAAAUAAGUAUUUUGAGUUACAAAAGAGGAAUUCUAUCAUUGAUAUGGUCACAUUUAAUUGAUUUCGACUUUAUACCUUCCUUCUUAUUCUAGAAACAUUAAGCUGCGCUAGUUUCAUUACACAUAGCUUUUAGUUCAAGUGGCCGUUAAUGCCUUGGUAUUAAUGUAUUAACUAAUAAUUUAAUAAAAUUUUAACAAACACA